GUUGGCGAUCCUGGUGGACACCUCUUCGUCUGUGGCUCUUCCAUUUUGGUUUUUCGUCCAAAGAACAGACAGUUUGUUUGGUAGGCCAACACGUUUUCGUGUCGUUUGACUGAAAUUUUUUGCAAUGCGUUACGUGGCUGCUUACCUUCUGGCUGUCCUGGGUGGCAAAACUGGACCCAACCAAACCGACAUUGAAAAGAUCUUGUCGUCCGUGGGAAUUGAAGCAGAUGCGGAGAAACUAAAGAAGGUCAUCUCCGAGCUCAAUGGAAAAUCCAUCGAUGAGCUGAUUGCACAAGGUCGCGAGAAACUGUCUUCAAUGCCCGUGGGCGGUGGUGCAGCCCCUGCAGCUGCUGCAGCAGGUGGUGCAGCUGCAGCUCCAGCAGAGGAGAAGAAAGAGGACAAGAAAGCAGCCAAAGAGGAGUCUGAAUCCGAAGACGAAGACAUGGGUUUCGGUCUCUUUGACUAAGGCCUUGAGAGGGUUGUACAAAAGUCUAUUCCUUUAAUAACACCACUGCUAAGGAAUAAAUCUUUUUUUUAAACAUAA